AUGCGGUACAAAUCUCCACGCUCCACGCUAUCCAAGUUUUACCGCCCUUCUCAGCCCCUCGCCCUUACCCAAGCAGCCGAACAUGACCCCGACCUCUGGAGCAAGGACAAGGGCAAGCAGAAGGAGGCCGUCAAGAAGCAUCUUGCUGAGAAGGUUCGCAACGAUUGGGAGUUUAUCUGGCCGCAACCACCGCAACCGCCGCAUCAUCCACCAUCUCCGACUUUGGAACCUGUAGUCGACCAUCCCGAACCACCUGUGUCGUCUUCUGGUCCCUCUACCGCCACUCCUGCCACGCCUGCGACGCUUGCUGUUGAGCCAGAGUCGGCCCACCCCACAGACACCGAGCUGGACGAUCAUCAUAUUGAUCCCGACAGCGACGCCGAAUCGGUAUACAGCACGCUUUCCGAAGACCCAGUACACUUUCGACCUCGGCUCGAAUGGGCAUCGGAUCUCUCCGAUGACGAUGACGUCCGGCCUCGUUCUUCCCUUUCUCCCUUCCGCUUCGACAGUCCGGACGCAGUCGGAUCCGCCGUCAAGGCAUCGGUCAUCGAGAAGCGUGCACAACGUCGGAGAGCCUUGCGCGAAGAGAUGCGCUGGAAUGAUGGGCUAGCGUGCUUUGAGGCUCGCCGGGACGCUUGGACGGGGGCCAAGACCGUCCGAGUACGUCCCAAGUUUCCGUCGCCCCCGAGCCCCCUUACUCCCCUCUCCCCUCGGCGGCUUUUCCGCCGCUCAUCCAUGUCCACGUCUCCCAUCCACGUCCACCCCGUGCCCUCCCUGCCACUACCACUGCAGCAGAGGCGUAGCAACGACACGUCCGCCGCCGCCUCCGACGGCUCGGAAGCGUUGAAGGACAACGAGCUCACGAGCCACCGCACAAAGGACUCGUCCCAGUCGACCGCUACAACCUCCGCCGCCUCCACCGCGAACUUGCCGGUUGAGACGCUUCUACCUAUCCCGCCCCCCAUCCUCCCUCCCAGAAACCCGAUGCGCGCCUCUAUCACGCCAGCCAUCUACAUCUCCCUGUACGAGAAAGUUAUAGUUCACAACCUCACCCCUUCUUGUCCCGUCAACCUCGCCGAUAUGAUCCGCGCUUCCGUGGCCGGCUGGAAGCGCGAUGGAGAAUGGCCGCCUAAACCAUCCGCUGUUGACCCCACGAGCGUCGUUGCCGUUCGAAAGAAGAAGAGACUCUCCGUCGCCUCGGCCGAAAAGCGGACGGCGUCCCGGCGCAUGAGCUUGGGGUUCCUCACUAGGGGAGAGAAAGCCAGCCCGGAGACCGAGGAGACCACCAGCCCUGCCAGGGGAAUCCGCCGAAGCUUGCAGCGGGUCCUGGGACUCGGUCACCCCCCUCCGUCGUCCCCCACUGCCGUUGUUACACCACCUCCGGCGACCCGGCCACCGCCGUGA